GACAUCCACAGUAGAAGCUUGCACUCUUAAGUCUUUUUGUUGUUAACAGUUUCAUCUGUAGAUUAUAGUGUGAACUGGACUCUGUGAAACUGACAGUUUCGUAUUUGGUGACAGCUUUCGAAAGCGAGGAAAAACACACCGACACCGGAAACCCCCGCUUGCGUACUGUGACUUCACUGUCAAGGCGGUUACUGUAUGUACUUCAUACAACCAGAGAAGGGCAAAUACAACGUAGAAGGAGUUUUCUAGGUGCUAACACGAUGCUGGUGAGGGUGCCUGCGUUGUUUACCAUCUUGUUUUUCCUUCAUGUGUCACUUUCUGCUUCACCCCAGCCUGAAGGGUCAGCGUUCCGGGGUUCACUGAAGGAAAUAUUCCGUAGAAGAAGACAAGCAUGCGUAGAUGGCACGUACCUGCAUAACGACAACAGCUGCUGUCUGUGUGGUGCAGGUAAGCGGAUCGAGAAACACUGUACUAAAAAUCCAGACGAUGGAAAAUGUGAGAAUUGCGAACCCGGUACCUACAACAGUGAACCGAACUCAGCCGAGACGUGUCAGCCCUGCACCUCCUGCUCACACGAUCAUGCUAAUUUAGAGGUGAACUCGCCCUGCACCGCUGCCAGAGACACAACGUGUCGAUGUAAGAGUGGAUUCUUUUGUGACAGAGGCUUUGGAAUGUGUAAAGUCUGUUACCCUUGCAAAACAUGUGAUUAUGGUGUUUCUAAGGAAUGUACACAGACUAGCGACACAGAAUGCCAUGGAAAAAGCAGAGUUGCCAUCAUAACUGUUUCCGUCAUUGCUGUUCUUGCGAUUGCGGGAGCCGUUAUUGGAGGAUUUCUAUUUUGGAAAAAGAGAAAAGAGAUGAAAACACCGCCGGACGCAGCACUACCUGAUGAUGAGAUACCGCUUAGAGUAAAGGACCUGGAGCCGUUCCUGCCUGACAUUGCAGAAGAGCUUACAUGGAAGGAUAUGAAACAUGUGGCACAGCGUAAUGGGAUGAAACACGCUAAGAUUGACGCUUGUGAAGUCAAUCACCCACGCGACGCUCAGGAGCAGACGUUUGAACUGCUGACGAAGUUUGUAGAGGAGCAUGGCAGAAAUGCCCUAAAGAUCUUGCUCCAAACACUUGAAAAAAGUGGCAAAAAGGACCAAGCAGAGAAGAUCAUAGAGAUUUUGUCUAGAGACAAUCAAGAUGGACAAAACACUUCUGCAUGAAUUCAGUUCAGUUGAUUUUAUAUAGCGCAGAUUCACAACAUAUGCCAUCUCAAAGCGCUUAGCCUAGUAAGGGUGGCAAUAAUCACCCUGAACAAAAUGAAAUAAGACACUGAACAGUGCAUAUACUUUUUGUAUUGAUUUCUUUAUAACAUUUCCUUUAGAAAUCUGGAGUUUGUGAACUUGUGUCUUAAGUGUGUUUUAGUACGUGUUGCAUUUUAUUGUUGGAGCCUUGUCAAAGGAGAAUUUCUGUCACCGUUUGGGCCAGACAAUAAAGUUCAUCUGUUCUGCAGACCUUUCAAACAGAACACAGAAAGCCCAACCAUCCAAAGACAACUUUGGAUUUCUCUGCUCUGUUUGUAUUUCGUAGCUCAUUGUAAUUCCAAAUGAGCUACGGUGGAAAGGAACGAAAAAGGAGAAAGUAACCAAAAAAAACAAAAAAAAGAACGCGAUAGGAAGGGGGAAAACAAAACCUCCAAUAGAACCAGGCUCAGGGCAGGCGGUCAAAUGUGCCUGUGCAGUUUAUAUACAGCGCUGUGUGAUGUAUAAAUUAUGGGGGGUUUUUUAAUAGCUGAGAUGUUUACAUGAUAGGAUGGGAUUUUAUGUGUCUAUUAUGUGCAAAUUACUGUGUUAAAGACGACUGAAGUGAAAGAAUCACAAGCAUCUGCAUUUCAGUGGAUGAAAUCAUAGAUUGAAGAGUUUUCUGUCACAGUUUAUAGUCUGUGUUGUACAUACAGUUGUCCGAAUAGAUAACUCUGCAUGCACUGAAAUAUGACUCCAUUCUUGUGAUGAUUUAAUAAUGUCAGUCAGUUGCCAGAGAAAAUUGUCAUUUGGAAGUGAAGACUACUCCGCCACAGCUUGUAAAAUGCACAAUAAGCCUAAAUAAACUUAGAAAUUA